UUUCAUUUCUUAUAAUUAAAUAUAUGAUCCUCAAACCUCUUAGUUCUUAAUUUUUUAUACUUGCCAAUUAAGCUCAUUCAAAUCAAAGCAAUAACAGUCUUUCUCAAUGUCUCUUUUCAACUGCUUCCGGCCUUCGUACGUGCCUCGGGUGUCGGACCACGAUGAGAGCUCAAAGAAGAAAGUAGAUUCAUCGUCUAUGGAGAAAAACAAGAGCAGUGAGUCAAUAAAAUCUUCCACAGCUCCCGUUGUCGUUUCUUAUUUUCCCGUUAAUUCUUAUCCCUCUCGCUUGUAGAAUAUGAAAAUAUGAAAUCAAAAGAAGUGGAAUGAAACGACAUCAAUUUAGGCUGAUCAAUUGGGGAAUUUAAACCCUUCUUUACUCUGCUUUUUGUAUGAGAAAGACGAGAGGAAGAAUUGUGUGUAUGACUCGUGGUUGUAUCAUAAAUAAAUUCUGUUUCAAAUCAAUCAUGAAAUACAAAUUUGAUUUCGUACUGGUA